AUGGAUGUUAAAAAUGUCUUUUUGAAUGGCGACCUUCAUAGAGAAGUCUAUAUGAUUCCUCCUUUUGGUAUUGAUCAUCAACCUGGUAAAUGUACCUCGGCUGGUCGAAUUUUGCUUUCUCUUUAUGUUGAUGAUAUGAUUAUUACAUGUGAUGAUGUUGUUGGGAUUAGCUUGUUGAAUUCUGAGUUGACUCGAAGUUUUGCUAUGAAAGACUUGGGUCCCCUUCGUUACUUUUUGGGUAUUGAAGUUGCUUCUUCUUCAAAAGGGUAUCUUCUUUCUCAAUCUAAGUAUAUUUCUGAUAUUUUUGAGCGUGCUCGCCUCUCGAAUAAUAAGACUGUUGAUACUCCAAUUAAGCUCAAUGCUCGGUACACUAUUUCUGAUGGUUCUCCACUGCCAGAUCCGAGUCUUUAUAGAACGGUUGUUGAAAGUUUGAUUUAUCUCACUAUCACUCGCCCUGAUAUUGCAUAUGCUGUUCACAUAGUCAGUCAGUUUAUUACUUCUCCUACUACAGUUCAUUGGGAUGAUGUUAUUCGCAUCUUGAGUUAUCUACGUAGCAUUCAGUUUCAGACUCUUUUGCUUUCCUCUACUUCAUCUUUGGAGUUACAGUCGACCCUCUAA